CUCCCACUUCCGUCCCAGUUGCUGACGAUUUGGGUCUGCACCGGAAGUGCCUGUGCAGCAGAUGUGGUACCUACUGAGUGCUGUUUCGGUCGCUCUCACGUCUUUCCCCGGCUGGGUAUUUGCGUCGCACCAUGGCGCCCAAGGGCAAAGUGGGCACGAGAGGGAAGAAGCAGAUAUUUGAGGAGAACAAAGAGACCUUGAAGUUCUACCUGCGAAUCAUACUGGGGGCCAAUGCCAUUUACUGUCUUGUCACCCUGGUCUUCUUCUACUCAUCUGCUUCAUUUUGGGCCUGGAUGGCCCUGGGCUUUAGUCUGGCAGUAUAUGGGGCCAGCUACCACUCUAUGAGCUCGAUGGCAAGGGCAGCCUUCUCUGAGGAUGGGGCCCUGAUGGAUGGUGGAAUGGAUCUCAACAUGGAGCAGGGCAUGGCAGAGCACCUUAAAGAUGUGAUCCUGCUGACAGCUAUUGUGCAGGUGCUCAGCUGCUUCUCCCUCUACAUCUGGUCCUUCUGGCUUCUGGCGCCGGGCAGAGCCCUUUACCUCCUGUGGGUCAAUGUACUGGGCCCUUGGUUCACAGCAGACAGUGGCGCCCCAGCGCCAGAGCACAACGAGAAACGGCAGCGCCGACAGGAGCGGCGGCAGAUGAAGCGGUUAUAGCCACUGACAUUGUGGCUACAGGUUUCUGGGCCCCGGGUGGCUCUAUCAGGCUGCAUGGCCCCCAUGCCAGGAGCAAUGAGGGCCUAGUCCAAGGGCCAAAGGCAGUCUAAGGUAUAGGACUGGUGAAUAAAUGGCUUACAAUGUGGCUAA